AUGGCCACUCGUCGAACGCGAUCAACUGCCUCGAGGGACAACAAGAAGAGCGGCACCAAGGCUGCCCCCAAGGCUACCAAGAAAUCCGGAGUUGGUGAGAAUGACGACCCUGAUGCCUCGGAGAAAACGGUCGCCUCCAAGGCUCGCAAGAUGCUCGCUGAGAUGAGGGGGGUCCUGCCCAGAGAAGGAGCGUCUACAAAUGCGGCGGCGAUGGAGGAGGAUGAGGAUGCUGAAGGCGAUGAAGAACCUGAGGUUGUAGCUGGGAUGAGGAUGGGCUUGGAGAAGAUGAGGUGGAAGAGCAACCACAUUCCAGCUCCUCUGAUCGUGAUGCGCCCGCUGCUUCGAAGGGAAAGGGCAAAGCAACGGGAAGAGCCAAAGCCUCGCCCGAGGCCGCGCAAGAGGAAAGCCGACCAGGUAUCCGAACAGGAAGACAACGACGCGGAUCCUGUCGCGCGAGCCCCCGAGCGGCCUGACAAGAAGAAGACCAAGGUGCAGAGCCCCGGUAAGUUGGUUGGGGCUAGUGCGUCCCAGCCUGCAGCGCAUAGUAGCUCUCCUACAUCGCCCUCAUCACCUGGAAAGAAGAAGGUGGAGGUUGUUAUUCAGUCGCGUCCGGCAAUCGCUGCGUUACCUCAGGAUGAGCAGUCAUUAAUAGAUCGUCUGCGAGCACGGGGCGGGAAGAAACCGGCACCUGUACAGAGUGAGGAGGACAGCGAGAAGGAUGAGUUGUCAGAGGACUCGAAGAUGGAGGACUCGGAGGAGAACGGAGCCCCUGAAGCAUCACGUCGACGAGCGGUUAAGAGUAAAACCAACACCACUCGCCACGCCCUGAAAGAUGCCUCUGGGGAUGAGAGCGAGUCCUAUCACGUCUCCGAGCAGGAGGAUCAGGGAGACAGCGACGAUGGCGAGCAUGAGGAGCAUGCCUCUGACAGCGACGAGAUCAUCGUCAAGUCAGAGAAGGCGAAUGCGAAGGGGAAGGCUGCUAAGGGUAAGAGUAAGACUCUGGGCAAGAAGAAAGCGUCAAAGGCCCCCGCGGACGCACUCGCUGAACUCGAACAGGAGCCGUUCCGGAGUUUCGUGCAGCAUGCGCAGAUAGAGUUCAAAGCGUAUCUGAGUCUCGAGAACGCGUGGCCCCGUCACCAGGACACAGUCAUCGACAAGUUGGACGCCCCCAUGUCGAUGUACGAGAGGGUCACGGCCAAGCACAAGGCCUAUCAGACACCCAAGUUCAAGGCGCGGUACAAGCAGAUGAAGCGGCAGGUCUCCACUUACAAUGAGCUGCGGAAGAAGGUCUAUAAGCUGGCGUCUCAGUUCCGUCAGGAGGUGAAACAGAAGGCCAAGCGUGUGGUGGAAAAGGAGUUCCUGUCCAUCAAGGUGUCUGAGUUUGGUCCCAACGGUGAAAGGCUGAAUGCUGUGGCUCGCGCCGAUAAGCUACAGAGCGCUUUGGAGGCGCGUAUUCGGUUCCUCAAGGAUGGGGACACUUUCCACCACGGCAACCUCAAGAUGCCCGAUCCUGAUGUUGAACCAUCGCUGUGGGUGGCGGAACGCGACGCCCCGUUCCACAACGAGGCCAUUGCAGAAAUAAUAGCUCGUCAUUGGUGGCUGGGACAGAAUCCUGAGGCGCUGCGAGCGGAGAAUCGUGAACGAUUCGAUCUCAACAAGGCCCCUUUGUCCAGCAACAUGAUUGCUCUCGUGUGUAGCGCGAUACUGGUGACUCUGGAGGAGGCCCUCAAAGGCAACAUCACCAUCAACUUCGACGAGAAGACAUACGCUCCGGAGCACGAUCGCUUCAAAGCUGGCAUUGACAUGCUUCGACGGUACGGUGAUCCCAAGAAUCCCAAUUUCAACGAGGGGAUUAGCCAGUUGGUCAAAUCCAUGAACAACUCUCUGGUCAACGGCAUACGAACUGUUGCCAGGAUCGCUGAGCCGGAAGUCGUGCAGGCCUCAGAAGGACCGCGCCCCAGUGUCAACCUCAACCUCGACAUGGAUCUUCUGGCCUCUCGCUGGCUGAAGAAUGCGGGCGCGUCAUCUGAGAACACCAGUGAGGAGGCCGGCCCAUCCUCGAGCACCCAGAGGGGACCACCAGCGUGA